GGCGGCCGCGCGGGGCCUGGGAAUGUGGCGGCGGCUGUGAGCCCUCCCCCUCGGCCCCGCCGCCAUGGAGCCGCGCCGCUGACAGCCCCGCGCCCCCGCGCGCCGCCGCCCGCCGGCCCGACGCCCGCCGAGAUGGAUGAACAAGAGGCCUUGAAAUCCAUCAUGAAGGACCUGGUAGCACUCCAGAUGGGCCGGCGUCACAGACUGACUGGGUAUGAUACCAUGAAGAAUAAAGACACUGCUCACUCCAACAAACAGAAGAAACACAAUGCCAGCAGUCCACCCCUCUUGGGCAGCCCUGCAAUAACAAACCAGUGUGCCUCUGCCGUGGAAGAGAAGAAAAUCCCGAAUGAUGUAAGGAUCAAGUUUGAACAUAAUGGGGAAAGAAGAAUUAUCCCGUUCGUCCGUCCCGUGCGCUAUGAAGAUGUUCAGCAGAAAGUGAAAACAGCCUUUGGUCAGCCCUUGGAUCUCCACUACAUGAACAAUGAGCUCUCUAUUCCUUUGAAAAACCAAGAUGACCUGGAUAAAGCAGUAGAUCUCUUAGACCGAAGCUCUAAUGUGAAAAGCCUUAGAAUAUUAUUGCUGUCUCAGGACAGAAACCAUACCAGUUCUUCACCCCAUUCUGGACUGCCCAAACAAGUCAGGAUUAAAACUUCCCAGUCUGUGGGGGAUGUGAACACACCCUAUCAGCAGCCAGAACCCAGAAGUAGGCACCUGUCUGUCAGUUCCCAGAACACAGGCCGAAGUUCCCCCCCUCCUGGGUAUGUUCCAGAGAGGCAGCAGCGCAUUGCCCGGCAGGGCUCCUACACCAGCAUCAAUAGUGAAGGGGAAUUCAUCCCAGAAACCCAUGAGCAGUGUAUGCUGGACCCCUUAAGCAGUGCUGAGAACUCUGUGUCAGGAAGCUGUCAGUCCUUGGACAGGUCAGCAGACAGUCCUUCUUUUCGGAAGUCACGGAUGUCAAGGGCACAAAGCUUUCCUGACAAUAGACAGGAAUUCUCAGACCGGGAGAACCAGAUCUAUGACAAAGCUGGGAAGGGUGGGACCUACCCUCGGCGCUACAACGUCUCCAUGCAACACAAAGACUACAACGAUGGCAGGAGGACAUUUCCCAGGAUACGGCGUCACCAAGGGAAUCUUUUCACCUUGGUCCCUUCCAGUCGUUCCUUAAGCACCAACGGGGAGAACCUGGGCCUGGCCUUGCAGUACCUGGACCCCCGGGGGCGCCUGCGGAGCGCGGACAGCGAGAAUGCCCUCGGGGUGCAGGAGAGGAACAUUCCCACCAAAUCUCCGAGUGCUCCAAUAAACUGGCGCCGGGGGAAGCUGCUGGGCCAGGGUGCCUUUGGUCGUGUGUACCUGUGCUAUGAUGUGGACACGGGCAGAGAGCUUGCAGCAAAGCAGGUCCAGUUUGACCCAGAGAGUCCUGAAACGAGCAAGGAAGUGAGUGCCUUGGAGUGUGAAAUUCAGCUGCUGAAGAACCUCCAGCACGAACGGAUUGUUCAGUAUUACGGCUGCUUACGGGAUCGAGCAGAGAAGACCUUGACCAUCUUCAUGGAGUACAUGCCAGGGGGGUCAGUGAAGGACCAGCUGAAGGCCUAUGGUGCUCUCACAGAAAACGUGACGCGGAAAUACACCCGCCAGAUCCUCGAGGGAGUCUCCUACCUUCACAGCAACAUGAUUGUGCACAGGGACAUAAAGGGAGCCAAUAUUCUCCGUGAUUCUGCUGGGAAUGUGAAGCUUGGGGACUUUGGGGCCAGCAAAAGGCUGCAGACAAUCUGCAUGUCUGGCACGGGCAUCCGCUCCGUCACUGGCACCCCGUACUGGAUGAGCCCAGAGGUGAUCAGUGGAGAAGGCUAUGGAAGAAAAGCAGAUGUAUGGAGCCUGGGUUGUACUGUUGUGGAAAUGCUGACAGAGAAGCCACCCUGGGCAGAGUAUGAAGCCAUGGCAGCCAUUUUCAAAAUCGCCACCCAACCCACCAACCCCCAGCUCCCCUCCCACAUAUCAGAACAUUGCCGGGACUUUCUAAAGCAGAUCUUUGUGGAAGCCAGGCACAGACCCUCUGCUGAAGAGCUGCUCAGACAUCAGUUUGCACAGCUCCAGUACUGAAUUACCUCCCUUGCUAAUAGCAGCUCCUGCUGGGCUUUUGGUGCCCCGUCUGGUCUAGUUGCAACGGCCCGUUGUGGUGCUGCAUCUUCAAAAUGCCAACUCAGCCGUCCUAGUCCUCUGGGGAAGUUCAGCCAAGGAAUCUAGGGUCUGCUCUUGUGCCUGAUACCUUUUGUUUGCUGGACUAGUGUUUAUUCUACCGACAGCUGUCCAAACAGAGCUGCAUUUUUGCCCUAGUUACCUUGAUGUGAAAUUGCAGGCCCAAGACGGGGGAAAAGAAGAAGUGUCUCACUGGUUGAACGCAGAAGAAAUCUGAACCAGAGUGGGAACUGGAAGAGCUACUCUCUUCAGAAACAUGCAACAGCCAUCCAGACCAGCUCUCUACGUGUGGGUCACUGUUUUCCAGACUGCUGGGGCUUUAGAGGCAUCUAUAAGUACAUGAAGCCAGCAAAAAGCCAUGUGUCAUUGAGCAUGCGCUCGCUAUAUAAUGAUAUAUUUUUCUUCUUAAGUAUUCAGCAUCUGAAGGUGUUCAGAAAAUAUUGAUUCAAAAGUAUGUGAAUAGUGUUAUUUUAUAAUGAACCCCUGGGUUUUGGGGUGAGGGAGAGGUCUUUCUAGCUAAAUGUCAGGAUAAUCAGUAGAGUUUCAGCAGAAUGCAAUCACUCCAGGACCUGAGAUUAGGGCUUUCCCACUGACAUGAGAAAAUCCAGAGCUUGAUUUCCAAGGCUUGAUCUGUCCUAGUGUUCCGACUGUGUUGGUUAGUUUAUGUCCUCUUAGCCAACUAAUCUGUGCUCCCUGGGACUGCUGGGUCCAAACAAAACCCUUCUGGAAGGGAGUUCUGCAGAACAACUUGCUGUGGCACCUAUCUUUUUGGCUGGUAACUUCUUACCAUCCCUUAAACCAAAGAUGGUUCAUCUGAUGCCCAGGAAUUUCCUUCAGGAAAAGCUUCUUUGAAGACCUGGCCUAGUGGAAAAUGGAGUUUUUCAUGGGGAAAAUUUUGCUGGUCACUAGUUUUACUUGUGCACAGUAGGGCAGAAUUGAGCUCACCCUUUCAGUGUGUGUGUUUUGUUUUACAGGUGUUCAUUUAGGGUUUCCAUAAAGUAUUAGGGUCCUAUUUUCAAUAAGCUUUUGUACCAGUGAAAUCAAACAGUAAACCAGAGAGAAUAUUUGUAAUGUUAACAUAUUUCUGAAAUUAACUGGGGAUGCCCUGAAAGGUACCAGCAAAACACCCAAGUGAUUUUGCAUUUGAAAGGUACCACAUCUCUGAGAAUGGAGCUCCUGAUGAUUUACUGGCCUCAAAUAUUGUUGAUUUGGGCACUAAGAGUCCUUAUUUCCCUCAUAAAAGACCAGCAGUUUUUAAGUGCUGAGGAUUCAUGGAGUUAUCUGUGUGAAAUGAAACUAAGAAAAGCAAACGUAGUAGCUAAAAUGCUGUUUGACAGAGCAACACUAAAAGUGUUCUGCCCUUGUAUUGAAACCAGGCUGAGGGUCCACCUGCCUCCACUCUUCCCUCCAAAGGAAACUUGAAAAUUGCUUUCAUAAUGCAGUGAAAUCAACAUAAAACUCGUGAUGAGCAGGAUUGAGUGAUUAUAGCAGGAAAAGGCAAGUUUUCAUGAAACCAAGUUCCUUGAACAUGUGCUAAAUAAUGUGUUUAAUUAAAAGAGGAAAAAGAAGAAACCUUAAAAACCCCAAACAACCCAAAGCCCUGAAAGGGUUUAACAAUCAAGUGUUUUUUUCUGUGCCAAACUCAGAGCAAUGUGUGAUCAGUGAAAGCAAGUCCAGGCCCUCCUGCACCACUGCAGGGAUGCACUGUUUGGGUUGCAGGCACUUAGGGGGAUAUCCUUCAUGAAAGCUCUUGUCCCAUAAUUUAUUUAAUUCUAGUCAGAGCACUUCUAAUGAUCUUUUCCAAACCUGGAACUCGACUCCAAAUGGUCAAGACACAUGGCCUGGCUUUUGACCUGCACUUCAGUGUCUCUGUUCUGGGAAGUGUUUGAUGCUGCUUUGCUGCAGGGUGAAGGGCUGAGUGUGCUGCAGAGGAAUCAUGGACUGGUUUGGGUUGGAAGGGACCUUAAAGAUCAUCCAGUCCCACCCCUGCAUGGGCAGGGACACUUCCCACCAGCCCAGGCUGCUUCAAGGCCCAUCCAACCUGCCCUUCAA